GGCUCAGGCCGUUCAGUGUGCCGCGAGCCUCCGUAGCGUGCGGGUGUAGUUGCGCGUGUUGUGUUGUAUCGAUCGUCGGUCAUGGCGAGGUCUAUCUAACAUAUGGUAGCUCUGCCGUGUCCUACCGUGGCCCCAGGCAGCGUGAACAUGGUGGCGUGGGCGCUAUGGACGCUUCUACUCCUAAGCGGGCUGGUCCACGCCCACGCCAGCGGUCUGGACGGAGGACGAAGGUUCAGUGGCGACGUGAGUGACGACGAGGUGAUAAUCGACAAACUCAAGGACUUCUGGAACAGCCGCCAGCGCGCUCUCCACCACCUGGGCCCCGUCUCCGGACAGGCCGCCCCCUCACGCCCCAGACACCAGCUGGCCCCCGCCCUCUCCAGUCCCCCGGCCCCCUCCCGCCUCAGCCACCAGAAGUCCGGGGAGAAGAUCCAGUUCGCCGUCACCCCGAAGGACCCCCGCUACUACCUCCCCGCCACGCCUCCCCGCCACGACGAGGACUCUGCGACCGCCGCCGAGAUCCUCCCCUACUACUCCCCCGACCUCAGCCUCGCGCCGCGCCUGGACUACCCCGGCGACCUGCUGCAGUACCCGGACGAUGACCUUCAGUACCCCUCUGAGUACCCGGGGCAGUACAGGCCACAGUACCCCCAGCAGGAGCCUCGCCGCCCAAGCUACCUCAGCCGGCAGGACCUACCCUACCCUGCCCUCUAUCCUCCUGGCCUACAGGAUCCCCGGCUGCUAAGAGAGGAUGAGGUGGAAGAGGAGGAAGAGGCAGUGCGUGGCGAGGUGGAUGCGGCGAGGGAGGCGUUCAGGAAGGGUCUGCUGGAUGAGGGCGACUACGCUGGUGAUGACAGUCAACUGAUGAUGAAGAAAGGCGAGAUAGCGGGAGAGGAGGAGGCCGUUAAGGAUGAUAAGGAUGUGGAUGCUGAAGCCCUCACCUCGCCGCCCCCAGCCAAUGCCGCCACCUCGCAGCCGGAGACGAUGAACUACAUGCACCUUCGUCGGGCGCCAGUAGCCAACCAAGAGGCGGCCUACAUCGUUCAACACCCACCGGGAUCCAACCAUCAGGCCCAGCUCUCCGACCUCACUUUCACAGCGCUGGUGGCGGGCUGCACGGCCGUGGCGGUGUGCGGCGUCGUAGGUGCCGGGCUCUGCUGGUACAGGUGAGUACAGCCUUGCGUCAACCUGGUGGUGGGGAGAGAAUUUGUUAUGUUUUUUAUUUAUUUAGUAGU